AUAUCUUAGGAUAUAUUCACAUACUCCCACUUUGCAUAUUACAUAAACAAGACAGUUUAUUUAGAGGCGAAAAUAUGGAUAGCGCAAGAGGAGGAGAGCUCAGCGCAGCCCCUUGGCGGAUUGAUUUACGCCCCAUUGACUCUUUAUCAGGCUCGCAAAAAGACUGACCAAUCAUUUCGCUCGGAGCUCACAACAGAGCAGCCUGGCUCUACUUGCUGGCGAACGAGUAGCGGUAGCAUUUUGAAAAGGGGGAAGCCCAUUUCUAUGGUACAUGUUUUCCCUUCACUGAACCGUAAGGUGUAUAAUGUCCGAGAAUGUCCAUUUCUGGAACUUUAAGCAACUACUAUGUCGAUUCCAUUAUAAGUCAUGAGGGAGAAGAUCCGAGCGCUGCCCGAUUUGCCAAUGUACAGUACUCCAAUUCUAGGCAGCCGGGAACCGGGGAGCAUCCCGAAUUCCCUUCGUGUAGUUUUCAGCCCAAGCCUCCAGUAUUCAGUUCGUCAUGGAGUCCUUUCAGUCCGCACACGUCCAAUGGCUUACCGGCGGUCUACCAUCCUUAUAUCCCAACGCAGCCCGUGCCUUCAACGGAUACACGGUAUCUUCGUUCAUGGCUCGACUGCGCUCCGAGAGCCGAGCCGUUGCCUGGUCAGAGUCAGGUCAAGAUGGAGCCACUGUUGGGACAUCUCGGGGAGCCCCCAAAACUCGGAGGGCAGCACGAAUAUGUUUUGGAAUCCUCCUCGGCUCGGGAGAUGAAUUCUGGCCACAGCUCGGGAUUUGAAGACAGUAAGGACAUUUGUGAAGGUAGCGAGGACAAAGAAGGACCAGAUCAAAAUGAUCCAUCGGCCAACUGGUUGCACGCCCGUUCGUCCAGGAAGAAGCGAUGUCCUUACACGAAAUAUCAAACCCUGGAGCUCGAGAAGGAAUUUCUCUUUAACAUGUACCUUACCCGAGAUCGGCGACAUGAGGUAGCGCGUUUGCUGAACUUGACGGAACGUCAAGUUAAAAUUUGGUUCCAAAACCGACGGAUGAAAAUGAAGAAAAUGAACAAGGAUCAGUCCAAGGAAUGAGGGCAAAAGUGUGUACACUCAGCCUCCUCCUCCGUCUCUUUUAUCAAAAUGUGCUUACCUCUGGACAGUGAAACAAGGAGUGUUUGUAGCCUUUGUUUAUUCCCUACAUCACCCCAGCCCACAAAAAGAAUAUAAUUUUUUUGGGAUGCAGACCAACUGAGGGAAUAUUUAAGAAUAGGUUUUCUUUUUUAUAUGAGUAGGUUGCCUAUAGCAAAAUGAAACUAUGUAAUGCGUGUUUUUUUUACUUUGUGUUUCCACCAUUCCUUCUUUACGGAAAUAUAAAUACAGCUACGUAUAUUUUUACUAUAAGAAAGUUUUUUCUAACGUAUUUUUUUUUUGCAGCAGCAGGGUUGCAGGUUGCGCCUUUAUCAACAAAUCGGCAUUACUAUUAUUAUUAUUAUUAUUAUUAUUAUUAUUAUUGUCAUUAUUAUUAUCAUUAUAUCUUUAGGAGUGCCAUUUAUGGGCAGGCAUUCAGGUAUUCACUAUUUUACGCUUUUUAUUUUAUCAUAAUGUCUUUGAUAAUCUGAAUACUGGAACAAAAACAGUGGGUACCUUUUUAAAUCUGUUACAGCAUACCAACUGAAAUUCUCUAAUAGUUCAUUAUUUAUGCAAGUCUUUUUGAUUUUAGGUAUGAUGUACUUCAUCCAUAGUUGCUUUGCGUUGUACAUUUUAAUGGUACAUAUAUCAUUGCUUAUUUGACUACAUCUUAACACUUGUAUUAUAAAUUAUAUAGUGAUAUCAACGUUUAACUGUACAGGCCCUUAUGCAUUUCUGUUUUAAAUUGAAAUAUGAUAUGAAGUCGAAGAACGAACGGAUUUAAGGUAAAGAUCUGCUAGAUGUGUUUAUGUGCGUAUAGCUUGUCAGUAACUAAAUAAUUCGGCCGUAGAUAAGUAAAACAAACUCAGCUAAAUACACUUUAAGUUAUAUAUAUAUGUGUAUAAAUGUUUACCUACAUUAGCGCAUGUAUCGUUGAUAUGUUUACCUUCUCUCUUGUGUGAUUUUAAAGUUAGUUUGUAAAAGUGGGCGUUCAUUUAUGUGUAGUCUUAGUAGGGCAAUUCUAAUUUAUUGUAAAUACGAUUUCUUUUGGUGGAAUGCGUUUUACAAUGUGUUAAAAAGGUGGAGCGUUUAACGAGAUCUCAUACUUGAUUUAGCAGGUAUUAUACAUAUUCUUUAUUCUUUUUAAAUAUUGUUUACAUGUUGAUGUCUAUUUGUGUUGUCAGAGAUAACUAUUAUUCAAGUAUUGGUCGCUCGAUGUUGUAUUGCUUUGCUUGUGCGGAGGUCCUGAUUGGUAUCUCAACAUGUUUGCAUUUGUCUAUGUUUCUAAUUGCCUGGACUUUUCUGCAGUCGCGUGCACGUCUGUCUGCAAAUUUCCAAAGCAUCCUUGGAGAAUGUGACACUAUUGACCCAUCUCUCUCUAACGGUGUCAAAAUCACAGACAGAUGCAGAACACACACACACACACACACACACACGCAGAACACUCACACACACAUUUUCAUUUGGCAUGCUGCAUUGACUCCUUUUUCCUUUUCUCUUCCUUUAUUUGUUACAGCGUUUCUGUAAACAAAAAAAAUCUGGAUUUUGUCAAUCUCAGCCAAAAGUUAUUUCAGUCACAAAACCAAAAGUUCUUUUUGUACACAAUCGCUCCCUUUUUCUUGUGUGCAAUGGAACAACGAAUGCUGGACACAUAUUAAAAGUUUACACAGAAAACGGUCUGUUCUUGUCAUUUAGGUAUCAAUAACUAAUUGUUUUUGCUUCCGGUAUUUCUAAAAAUGCUGCAACUCUCCCCUGUUCAUAACACUGUACUGAAUAAACACCAACAUAACAGCCUAUUGCAUGGCA